CGCCAUUUCCGUUAGUGAAUCAAUUUCAUCGUUACUUUACAUAAAGUUCAGCAACGAUCUCUCCAAAGUGGCUUUAUAUUGGUAAAAUUGGCGGACGGACGAUACUCUUUUCGAGACUAUAAACAUGUAUUGUGCAUAAGCUCCAAUAUCUCUAGUGAGUGGCAGUGACCCUCAGUAAUCCCCUCGCUUGAAGAUUGUAUUGAAAACGCUUGAAAAAUAUUGAAUAUUUUUUUUUUUGUGCUACUCCAAAAUUGAUAUUUAAAAGAUAGUUAUUUUCUACAAUUAAUACUUAUUUAUACGUUUAGUGAAAAAAUAACCGGCUAGUAGAGUAAAAAAAAAAGAAAUACUAUUACUACCUACUCUGAAUUGAUUGUGUCGUCAUUCAAUACAGUUCAAGGUUCGCCGCCAUUUUGUGAAAAAGCAGGGAGAAAUAAUUGGAGUACAAACGUACUUAUUCUACCAUUGAAUAAGCGUCAAAAAAGUGAUUGAUGCAGUUCUAAUUAAUAUUUUUCAAUUAAUGAUUCAAUUUAUUUAAUUUUAAAACGUGACUGAGUUAAUUUAACCGAAGAUGAGUCAGAUGUCACGCUACCCUUCAGAUUGUAAAGUAUACGUGGGCGACUUGGGCAACAGUGCGACAAAACAAGAUUUAGAAAAUGCUUUUUCAUAUUAUGGGCCUCUAAAAAAUGUUUGGGUAGCUAGAAACCCUCCAGGAUUUGCAUUUGUUGAAUUCGAGGAUGCUCGAGAUGCUGAUGAUGCCGUCAGAGCUUUAGAUGGACGCACGAUCUGUGGUCGUAAAGCAAGAGUUGAACGUUCCAAUGGAAAACGAUUGAGAGAUCGAGGACGACGUGGUGGAGGUGGUGGUGGUGGAAGACAAUUUCAUCCUGAGGAUCGAUGUUACGAAUGUGGAGAACGAGGCCAUUACGCCAGAGACUGUUAUAAGCACAGAGGUGGUCGUAAGCGCAAAUCUUACUCUCGAUCGCGUUCACGAUCAAGAAGUAAACGCUCUCGAUCCCGAUCAUCAUCUCACAGUCGUUCUCGCAGCAGGAGCAACAGACGUGGCAAGUCACGCAGCAAAACUAGAUCAGAUUCCAAAGAUCGCAGCCCGAUAGAACGAUCACGAUCAAGAUCUCCAUCUAACCGAUCCCGCAGCAGGUAAAAAUGGAAGGCAGUAAACGAUGAUCAUAACGAUAAGUUUUAAGUAAUUCUGAUUUGUAUCACUAAGAUCUCAAGCAUUUACAAAAACUGGCUGAUCACUUUUAUGUGUUUUAUGAUUUAACAUAAUAAAUAAAGCCUUACUUUACCAUAAA